AUGGCAGGAUAUCACGUGUCAUCUCUAAAACCUAAUGCAGUAUCAGCUAAUUUACGAGCUGGUACAUUUGCAUUGAAAUGGACCGAAGACACCAAUAAAUCUGGGAGUCCAAUUGCUGUUCAUCUGUCUGUUGAUCCCAAAGGCUUUUAUUUGAUUUGUCUAAAUAAAAUAACUAAAGAUUCUGAAUGUUUUGAUAUUACAUUAAUUCAUGAUACUCGAACUGGUGCUGAAGUAUCACUUCCUCGAGGUGCUAUUGAAAAUGAUCAGAUGAAUAUUGGUAUUAAGGAUGUUCCACUUUCAUCAAAAUGGCUUACAAUCUAUUAUGGAAAUACAUUUGUACCUGAUCGUGAUUUACGUGUCAUUCAUUUUUUUUUUCCAUCGGCAGCUAUUGCUCGAGAAUGGACCGAUAAGUUAUUUCAAUAUGGGCAUAAUCCACUAUUACGCAAUUUAUCUAGUUUGGAUUGUCUUGAAAAAAUUCAUUCAAGAAUAGUUUUUGGUCUUGUUGAUGAUCGUUUCGAUAAAAAAGCUAUUUCAGUUCGCAAUUUAAUCCACUUUCUAUGUAAAUAUAAAAGUGACUCAAAUAAAGAAGCAAAAAUUCUUAAAGCACUCGAAUUGUUAGAAUUGCCAUGCCGAACGGAAAGUGUUAUUGAUCCUGAUCAAUUUACAUUUAAUAAAUUUAUUCGUUUCUACAUGCAACUUAUGGAACGUCAUGAAAUUGAUAAAAUAUUUGAUGCAACAGGUGGAAAGCAUCGAAGAUACCUGAGCUGGGAGAAAGUAAAAGAUUUUAUUGUAAAGCAGAAUGAUGCACGCGGUGGUGCAUUUGGCAUGGAUUAUUAUGAUCAAAAAGCUAAAGAUCUAGUUAAAAAAUAUACACAACAUGAUGAACAUUUUAUGCAAAAAGGAAUGAACGAUGAAUCAUUUCUUCGAUAUUUACUUAGCUUUGAUAAUUUAAUUGUCGAUCCAGCAAAAUAUGAUCUUUGUAUGGAUAUGGAUAAACCUUUAGCACAUUAUUUUAUUGCAUCAUCACAUAAUACAUAUUUGAUAGGAUCACAAUUAACUGGUCGUGCUAGCGCCGAAAUCUAUCGACAAGCAUUGCUAACUGGAUGUCGAUGUAUUGAAUUAGAUGUUGUUGAUUCAGAGAAAAACGAUGAACCAGAAAUAAAACAUAAAAAUACACCUGUUCGUCCAGUACCAUUUAUACAAGUUAUCUUAGCUAUUCGCGAAUCUGCAUUUAAAGUCAGUCCGUAUCCAGUGAUACUUUCGCUUGAAAAUCAUUGCAGUUCUCGAGUUCAAACUAAAAUGGCUCAAUAUUUAGUUGAUGUAUUCGGCGAAUAUCUCAUUACAAAACCACUAGAAAGUCAUCCGAUAGAAGAUAAUCGUCCAUUACCAAGUCCUAAUGAUUUUAAAUAUAAAAUAUUAAUUAAAAACAAAAAAAUUCAUCAAAGUACAACUUCAAAAUCAACUAAUCCUAGUGAACAAGUAACUGUACAAAAAUUAGACUCAACAAUAACAAAUGUCAGUGAUCAAAAUAUUGGUUUAUACGCAACAGCAGCAGCAGCAGCAGCAGCAGCCACUUCUACUCAAUCAUGUUCUACAAAUCUUUCGAAUGCUACUGGCUCUCGUAGAGGAACAAUUGAAUAUGAUUUUCGUCAUAGCUCACAAUCGACUGAAUUUGAUCCACAUUCAAUCACUGAUAAUAAUCCCAAUGGUAGUCUUAUUGACGAUGAUGAUAGUUUUUCUGAUGACGACGAUACUAUGUCACCAACAAAUAAUGACCUGAAGACAAAUGAUUUAAAUAUGAAUUCAAAUCCUACGGAAAAUUUACAGUCCGAUCAAACGAAAGUUGCGAUAAAUAAUUUAUCAAAUCCAACCAGUACUAAUACUAAAACAGAAUCAAAAGCAACACAAGCGAUGUCUGGCCUUGUUCAUUAUGUCGUACCUGUACGAUUUUUUAAUUUUGCACGAUCAGAAGAACGUAAUCGAAGCUAUGAAAUAUCAUCAUUUAGUGAAGAUAAAGCACAAAAUUUAAUUCGCGAGUAUGCUCGAGAAUUCGUUGCCUAUAAUCAACGACAAUUGAGUAGAAUAUAUCCUCGUGGUACACGUUUUGAUUCAAGUAAUUAUAAUCCAUAUUUGUUUUGGCCAGUUGGUUGCCAAAUGGUUGCGUUAAACUAUCAAACAUUAGAUACUUCAAUGCAAAUUAAUUUAGGUUUAUUUUCAUUUAAUGGUGGCUGUGGUUAUGUAGAAAAGCCAGCAUCAUUAUGUCAAUCAACUGGCUCUUUCGAUCCAAAAGGUCGAUUUAGUGUUGAAAAUGUUGUUGGCUAUCAGAUCGAUAUAAAAGUUAUAUCUGGCCAAUUUUUAUGUCAAGAUCGUGAGCCAACUUAUGUUGAUAUUGAAAUGUAUGGACUUUAUGCUGAUGCAUCGAAAAGAAAUGAAUAUCGUUUACGCGCCAAACGAUGGAAUGGUUUUCAAGCUGCUUAUGAUGAUACUGAAGUUGAAGUCGGUGAAUUUUCUAUUCGAUUUUCAAAAGUUAUUUUACCUGAAAUGGCAGCACUUCGCUUUGCGGUUUCUGAAGAAGAUGGAACAUUUAUUGGACAAAGUUUUAUACCAGUUGCUCAUUUACGUCCUGGUUAUCGUCAUAUUGCUUUGCGAAAUCAAAUGAAUAUUCCAGUUCAAUCAUCGAGCUUAUUUAUAUAUAUCCGCAAAGAUGUUCACGUUGAUGCUGAAAAUAAAGAAUUAAUUGAUCAAUUAGUAUCACCAAAAACUGCUCCAACUGUAGUAAAAGAACAGCAACAAGCAAAACGAACUAAAACUAAACUACUAUCUGAACAACGUUCCCAAUCAUUUGGAGAUUUAAAUACAACUAGAAAAAUUUCCGAUGAUGAAAAAAAGUCUUCUACUCAUCACAGUGAUUUUCCAUCCGAUGCUGCUAUACGAAAUCAUUAUCCAUCGACUACAGAAAUUAAUUCUCCAAUACUAGGAUAUAAUAAGAAACAAUAUCAAUCAACGCCAAUUGUUGACGCAAAUUGGUAUCGAAAUCAAUUGAUUGCUUCCAGUCAAUUUCAUGACGAGGAACGUUUGUGUAAAGAAAUGUCAUUGUUUAAUGUUGAAGAAACAAAACCGUUCAAACGAAAACGAGAAACCAUUGAAGUUAAAACACGUCGUUUUUCACUAGACUAUGCCAAGAAAAUUCAAGAUGAAGAAGACCGAUUUAAAAAAUGUCUCUACCUUCAAUGUAAUGCAAUGCAUACAUUGCUGAAAAAACCAAUCAAUCAUUGGAAUAGUUCACAACUAACUACGACAAAUAGUUGUACAUCAAGUUUAGUUCAUCAAAGAUUUAUUAGUGAUGAAGUGAAACAAGGUGAAACACGUCUACUUGAUCUUUAUUCCAGUAAAUUUCAUUCACAAAAUGAAAUAGAAUAUAGAUUAUCCAAAGAAUACUAUAAUGAAUUAGAAAAAUAUGUAAACGAUUAUUAUACGAAGCAAUUAAAUCAAAUUAAUAACAUCUUGAAACAUGAACAAGAAAAAGUAAAAGAAGAUGUCCGAAUACAAAUGAGAACUGAAACAAAGCGAGCAAUGACGACCGAAACGGACAGAGAAAAAAUUGCCAAUUUAAAAGAAAAAAUUCGUCAAUUAAAUAUUGAAGCUGGCGCUUUAGCAGUUCGAAAAUUGCAAGAAAUGCAUGAAAAAGUAGAGAAGAAAAUUCGAACGAAUUUACAAAAAACAUUGCAUAAACUUCAUGAGAAAAAAGACUUUGAAACAAAAAAUCGUUUUACUUUCUAUUCAAAUCAACUAAAUGAUGUAAAAUUUCGAUUACAACGUGAUAUAUAUGGUGCCGAAUAUCAUGGUGCGAGGGAUGAUUCUGUGACAAUAUCAUAUCGUUCCACAAUAACGACAAGUGCUUCACUUUCUGCUAUAUCCGAUCAUCAUCAAAUGCCAGCUACUUCAUCGGAUUUUAUCACAGCGUCAUCACCAUCGAAUCAACUCCCAAGACGACAAACUAUAAACAACCCCAAUGCUAUGAUUAGUCAAUUAGGUCAUGAUGAAUUCAUGCACUAUUUAAAUCAAACGACUGAGUCAACUCAACUUUAA